ACUUAUCGUAAUGCGCGUACAGACGCGCAGUGUAUGCGUGCAUGAACGGAACAUGAGAUCUUUAUUGAAUAAUAAUAAUUAUCUGCUGUGCGCAAGUGGAAACCAGCGUAUACCAGAAUCCGUAUAAUAGUUUACUUCAAAGUUAUAAAAUAUUACAUAAUAUUAACAUAAUUUUCAAACAGUUUUGUUGAAUUAUAACGACCACAUCCUUUGCCACGUCCGGUGAUAACGUCUGGUACUUGGAUGUUUGCGCUAAUCAUACGCAUAGCGCGUUAGUCACUCGUGAGCAUUAAGAGCGCCGUCGUUGGAUUAAAUUAUGCAGAGUAACGCGAAAAAAAAGCAAAAUGGACAUAGUGCAAGAAAGUGUCGAUCACAAUCACGCCGCGUUCAUAUCAGCGAUCGAGAACAGGGAAUUUAACAAGGCGAAGAAAAUUUUAGCGAUCGACAGUCAAAACAAAUACAUUCGUUCAGUCGGUGCUCUUCAAAUAACGGCCUUGCACGUUGCAGCGUGGCAGGGAAGUAUAGAUCUGUUGAACCUACUUUACAAAAGAGGCGCCGACGUGAACGACGUGGACAAAAUCGGCAGAACCGCCCUUUAUUAUGCGGCACACGAAGGCAACGCCGAAGUGACAAAGUGGCUUGUCGAGCGUGGAGCGGACGUCAAUGCCAAAGUCGGUGUCCACUCGUGUGCCAGAAACAACCCGUAUCCUUCGUUGAUGAAACUUCGUGAUGUGGGGAAGAAAUUGCCGUUACCCGUGUGCUGGGGAAGAACACCGUUGCAUCAGGCGGUGAGAAAUAAUCAUGCCGAUAUUGUCCGUAUUCUGAUAGAAGGCGAUGCGAAUGUAGAUGUUCAGGACGACCACAACAUUACUCCGUUGCUCCUGGCGGGAAACGUAAUGAAUCGCAAUAAGGCCAAUGAGAUGGCUAAGUUCGUCGAGAUCAUUGAAAUCUUGGUCUUCGCCAAAGCGGCCAUCAACAGCGUUCAUCCAAGCACAGGUACCACGGCUUUACACCACGCGGCGAUGUUAGGCAGUGCAGAAGCGACGCAGAUAUUAUUGGCGAACGGUGCGGAGCCGAUGUAUAGAUGCAGCAGCUCCGGAAGCACACCUUUACACAUCGCCGCGAAUACAGGGAAUUGUGAAACGUUGAUGACGCUGCUUGAAGCGAUGCCUUUCGACAUCGACACUCCAGAUCAGAUCAAUCGCACGGCUCUUCAUAUAGCAGCUUAUCAAGGACAUCGCGAAUGCGUGCGAGCUUUAAUCAGUUAUGGAGCUAAUCUAACCGCGACGACGAAUACCGGUGUCACCGCCGUCGAUGCUAUAUUUUCUCAUAUUUCACGACCAUUAGAAUUUUUAAAGAAUAUUCUAGAUUCCUGCGUUCAGCCGGGCAAUAAGUAUCGUUCGGAAAAAUACGAAAAUGUAAGAAUUGUUUUACAUCUAUUGCUAGACAGAGAUACAGAUAUUUCCUAUGUCGUUAUUACGUAUUCUAAUGAAUGGAACAUCUCUCUGUUAAAGAUCGUUGUCGACUUCAAAAUAUUGGCACCGAAAUACAAUCAGAUGCAAAUGGCAGUAGUUACGGCUAUUAUAGCCGCAACCUCAAAUAUAACGCAACUGGCGAUAUUGCAACAUCCUCUUAUAGAGACAUUCCUUAGGCUGAAAUGGGCAAAAUUGAGGACACUUUUCUUCGGUUUCAUGUUCGCGCAUCUUUUAUUUGUCAUUUCCCUCUCGAUCUACGCUAUAAUGAACGUACAGCAUAUCACGACGUACAUCGAAGUAGUUCAAGGAUGUCUGAUAUUCUUUUCCUGCUUCAUCCUAUUUAACAAUAUAAUUCAAGUUACAUUAGAGCCCAAACAUUAUUUGAGACAAUUUGAAACGUGGUUGUCGUUCGUGUCCGCUACGUUGGCGUUAGCAGCAUCCGUAACAAGCGAUUUUGCGAAGUCAAAGCACAAUAAUAAAUCUGAAUUCUCGAUGUUCUGGGUGCUGCACUUCAUCAGUCUCGCAAUUCUGAUGAGCUGGAUGCACAUGAUGCUGUUAAUCGGCCGAGUUCCAAUGUGUUAUCCUUACGCUUUGAUGUUUUCCACGGUUUUGAAGAACAUCGUAAAGGUUCUCCUGGCGUUUUGCUGCUUAAUUAUCGGAUUCGCGUUCAGCUUUUCCAUUGUGUUCCAUGGUCAGGAUGAAUUUAAUUUUUGGAAUUCCAUAAUGAAGACCAUGGUAAUGAUGAUGGGUGAAUACGAAUACGAGAAAUUAUUUCCCAGCAACAAUACGACAUAUAACGAAAAGGACAAAGGUAUCUUCCUACCAUUUACAGGCCAGAUCAUAUUCUUUGUCUUCAUCAUGAUCGCCAGCAUCGCCCUGGUCAACCUCAUGAUCGGUCUGGCAGUCAAUGACAUUCAAGGCCUCGAAAGGGAGGGCCGUAUACGUCGAUUGUUGAAACAAGCGGAGUUCAUCGCACAUUUGGAAAGAGUGACGUCACAUCGAAUAUUCCGCUGCAAGUGGCUAUUUUGCUUAAUAAUGAUUCCCACGAAAAUUACGCUGGCCAGUCGUCAAAGUUAUCACCGUAUAAGUCAUCUUUUAGAGAAGCCGAUUCCUAAAAUUCCCGCCGAUUUAAUAGAUGCUUUAUUUUUGUUAGCUAAUAAACCAUUUUUCAGCAAUGAUAACUCAGCAGAUGAAAAUAUAGAAAUCAAUGGCAGAUGGCUGGUUUCCACGUUAUUUAAUUUAGAGGAACAAAUUCAACAUUUGAAAGCAUAUUCUUAUCGAAAUUCGACGAAUCGAAAAUCGAUGAAUCGACAUAGAGUUAGGAAAAAAAAUAUUAGAAAAAAACAAUAGUAUUGUAAAUUUUUAACAUCUUGCACAUAUACCAAAUUUAAUUACUCUUCAGAGUACUGAAUGCGUAGCAAUAUUAUAAUCUCUAAAUAAAAAAUUAUAAAAAAU